AGUUGCAGGCUGCAUCUGAUGCUUCCUGCCGCUUGAGGGGUCAACCAACCAUCCAUCAUGGCAUCUAAGCAGAUGGGUCAGUGUCAACAAUCUGUAACGGACCAAUUGGCUGACGAUCUAAUCCAUUUGGAUCCUUUGGUUACUGCAAAUAUACAGUUUGCUCUUGAUCUGUUCAAGCAUUUGGAUGAACAGAACAGAGUUGGCAACAUCUUUGUGUCUCCCUUUAGUAUAUCAGUGGCACUGGCCUUGGUAUAUCUGGGUGCGAAAGAGAAGACAGCCACUCAGAUGGCUCAGAUGCUUGGUUUUGAUGAAGUCAAAGACGUCCACUCGGAAUUUCAGAAACUGCAAACUGAAUUAAUCAACCCGAAUGCAAAGUAUUCCUUGAUGUUAGCCAAUCGCCUCUACGGGGAGAAGACCUACAAGUUCCUUCCAGAUUUUCUUGCAGCUUCUCUGAAACAUUAUCAAGCAGGGCUGGGAGCUGUUGACUUUCUUAAAGCAGCAGAGGCGGCUCGACAAGAGAUCAACAGUUGGACUGAAGAACAGACUGCAGGUAAAAUCCAAAAUGUAUUGGAGAAAGGUACUGUUGGCUCUGACACAAGGCUUGUCCUUGUGAAUGCCAUUUAUUUUAAGGCGAAAUGGAAAGACACAUUUAAGAAAAAAGAUUCGUUCACUGGACAAUUCAAGCUAAACCAGGUAAAGAAGAGUACAACCAAAGAUUUGGAAAUGAUGCAGCGAACUGGAAGUUUUCUUUACUUUCACAAUCGUGAAUUUGCGUUCAAGAUCAUUGAACUCCCAUAUGUUCAGGAUGAACUCAGUAUGAUCAUCUUACUGCCAGAUGACAACAAUGGACUUGAAACUCUUCAGAGGAGUUUCACUCUUAAUCGUCUGAGAAAUUGGACCAACCCAAAGAACAUGUCCUGGACAUCUGUUCGAGUCACUCUCCCCAAAUUCAAGCUGGAAGAGAAAUAUGAGCUUUCAUCAAUCCUCCCCAAUUUGGGGAUGGUGGAUGCUUUUGAUAGUAUGAAAGCCAACUUCUCUGGAAUGAGUGAGGGAAAAGAUCUGUCAGUGUCAAAAGUCAUUCAUCAGUCCUUUGUUGAAGUUGAUGAGGAAGGCACUGAAGCAGCUGCUGCAACAGCAGUCACCAUAGAACUGAGAUCUGGAAGGUUGUCAUAUCCUGAAGAAUUUAAGGCUGAUCAUCCAUUCCUGUUUUUCAUCCGCCACGCAAAGACACAGAGCAUUUUAUUUUAUGGAAGGCUAACCUCUCCUUAAAUGCAGUGCCUUGUCAGUUAAUUACUUUCAUAGCAAUUUUGUCAAUGUCUACAAUUGUAAGUUUGAGAGUAUGGUCAUUGGAACUUUUUUAUAAUCUGAAUCAUUGCCAAGGAAUUUAUUUGGAAAUUACAAUGUUCAUGGUGGUUGAGAGGUGGGGUAGAAUUUAGUCAAAUUUAUGGAUUGAUUUUUAUCUUCUUAACAUCCAUUGUAAUUUUAUCAUUGUGCUCUUAAUUGGUGAGGGAAUGGAAAUUAUAGACAAUAGACAAUAGGAGCAGGAGUAGGCCAUUCGGCCCUUCAGGCCUGCACAGCCAUUCAUUGAGAUCAUGGCUGAUCAUCCACAUUCAGUACCGCGUUCUUGCCUUUUCCCCAUAUCAUUUGACUCCACUAUCUUUAAGAGCUCUAUCUAACUCUCUCAUGAAACCAUCCAGAGAAUUGGCCUCCACUGCCUUCAGAGGCAGAGAAUUCCACAGAUUCACAACUCUCUGGGUGAAAAGAUUUGUCCUCAUCUCCGUUCAAAAUGGCCUACACCUUAGUCUUAAACUGUGGCCCCUGGUUCUGGACUCCCCCAACAUCGGGAACAUGUUUCCUGCCCCUAGCAUGUCCAAUCCCUUAAUAACCUUAUAUGUUUCAAUAAGAUCCCCUCUCAUCCAUCAAGUCCUUUUGUAAAAUGAGGGGCCUAUUGAAAAGAGAGGAGCUUGUCUCAUGCUAAAAAUGUGUAAUCCAUUAGUCUAGGACAUGAAAGUUACAAAUUUGCUAUCACCAACGUGCAAUAGAAAUGGACAAUGGGCUGAAGAACUUUGAACACCAUCCCACCUCGUUUAUCAGUACUCUUGCCAAAACAUCUAAAUGUGUCCACUUGGAGACACAGACCUAUAAAAACCACAGACACAGACCCCUACCUCCAUUAAAUAAUUAUGCCGUCUUGUUGAAAUUUUCAUUUGUGAAUCUGAACGGCUUUGUCUCAGAAUUUAAACAACUGGUAAAUAACUUGUUGAUUUCAAUCUAAUUUUUAUUUAACCAGUUUAGAUCCAUUUCCUCCAUCUUGGUAAUCUUAAGUGGUCUUCUAAAUUGAUCUUUUGUUCUCUUAUCUAUCUGGCCGGCUUUUGGGACACUUUGUUUCCAAGUGAAAAUAAAAUCAUUAAUGCAGAGCAUGUGAAGUGUAGUAAAUCGAAUUCAACAAAUAAACUGCAGGAAUGGGCAUUGGGAGUAGUGGAUUUAGCUGAGGAGACAACUUUAAUGCUAAAGCUGUUGGUAAAUCUAUGUUGGAAGCUGUAAUUUUCAUUUUCUACAAUGACCUUGAUACUGAAGUAAUUGUUCUCAAGUUUGUCAUAAUUGCCUUUCCAACAAUUGUCAAAACAAUGCUUUCAGCCGCCUUUAUGGCGUGUUUGCUGCAAAAAUAAAAGUUCAGAGCAAUUUGUUUA